CGUUUCGCUCCGCGCCAGUCGUUUGAUAAUUAAGGCUCAGAAUUCCUUAUUCCUCCUUGCCUUACAAGCAUUCCAUUCAUGUUUUUGGGGCGUGCGUAUAGUGGUGUAGUGUGCGCGUGAUUAACUAAACGUCAAAAACUUUACUCUUCUAAUUCUCCUUUUGUCUUAGUUCUCGGUUCUCGAAACAAGGCAUAAUCGUUUUGUGUUUGCCAGCCGGCCGGCUUCAUGGAAAGCGAGAAUCAACGCAAACGGCAGUUGCACAUUCUCGCUCGUUUCUCCCACCUGAGUGAGUUUCUAUUAUCUGGAAAAAACAGCGUGUGAACGUCGCAUUUGAAGUUUGAAUCUUCACUAUUUCGCAUUUCCGGUUCCGGCGUGUGCACUGCACCCACGGCCGCGAGCAGGGUCAGUCGCUUCGAUCAUCGUUUCUGCUCAUCUGUGAGUGUUCUGCAAGCAAUCUGUGCUCGUGGGAGGUCAGCUCCUAAUCGGUGGUACAAAGCUGGCUUUGGAGAGGGACGAAUUAAUCUGUCAGAUGUAUUGCGCCCGAUCAUAAAAUCCAUUUGGUGAUGCUUGAGAAACUGUUUGAAACUGCAAAUUGUUAUCAAAAACUUGAUUAUUAUUCAAGUCUUCAACAGGAGCAUGUCUUCCCUUCCGAUACAAAAUCAUAAGGUGAGGUCGAAAUGUUGUGAUGGCUGCAAGAUCGCGGCGUUCAGAUUCCGAGCCACAUGCGGAUUUAUCAUCCUCAACGCCUCGAAAACGUUCGAAGAAAUCGGAAGAAUACGAAUUUCUUAAGGAGGAGGAAAAUACUCUUGACAAAAUCUUAUAUACUUCUGAAAAAUUACUAACAUCGGAUGAAUCAGAAAACUCUUCGGCUGAAGGCUCUUUUGCCUUAUUGUCUUCCCAGGGUACAUCAUCGCUGAAAUCCGAUCUAAGCAAAGAUAAAGGCAGAAAGGAAACUAUUGAUAAAUCGAUUGGUUCUAGCCCAAACCGUAGAAAAUCUUUAGAUGAAGGAAAGCUUUCCAGUGCCACGAGGAAAUCUGUUUUAAGUGAUGAAGUUAGGGAUACUGAACCAAAUAUAGUAGCCGGUACUUCUAAGGCGAAACAAGUUUUUUUGGUGGAGUGCAGGGAUAGCGAUAUCAGCGUGUCUUCUAAGAGCAGCGACAUGGGCCGACCAAUUGGAGAACAGGAACGUCUACCUCUGACGGGUGAAAAUGCUUUAUAUGAAGACUUGCUUCUAAUUGGAAAUGGAGCUUAUGGCACAGUCUAUAAAGGCACAAAUAUAACCAAUGGUAACAUCGUGGCCCUUAAGAAAGUGAGGGUACCAAUCACGGAAGAUGGUCUACCGACUUCUACACUUAGGGAAAUAGCUACUCUGAAACAAUUGGAACGAUUUGAACAUCCACACAUAGUGAGGCUUCUAGACGUAUGCCAAGGUAACUAUCUCGAGUUAUGUUCAAGUAAUCAGAGAUCAUCGAACCGAGGCCUCACUUUAUGGUUGGUCUUUGAGCAUGUUGAACGCGAUCUUGCCUCUUACUUAUCUUCCUGUGCUUUGACUGGCAUAUCCUCUCACACAGUAAAGCGAAUGUCACAAGAAAUCGUGAAAGGAGUAGAUUUUCUUCAUAGCCAUCGAAUCACACACAGAGACCUUAAACCUCAAAAUCUUCUGGUUACCAGCGAGGGUACUAUCAAGAUAGCUGAUUUUGGUCUUGCAAAGACGUACGACUUCGAAAUGAGGUUAACGUCAGUGGUUGUCACGCUUUGGUAUCGAGCACCGGAAGUUCUCUUAGGCUGUCCCUAUGCAACGCCAGUUGACAUUUGGUCAGUUGGAUGUAUUCUGGCCGAAUUAAAUAGAUCAAGUCCUCUCUUUCCUGGUACGAGCGAAGGAGAUCAACUGGAUAGAAUAUUUCGAGUAAUUGGAACGCCCCGAAGACAUGAGUGGCCUGAGGAUGUAUCGCUCAGUUGGGCAGCAUUUCCACAAAGAACUGCAACGCCCCUGCGAAGCGUAAUACCUAAUCUAAACAAUCAUUGCGCUGAUCUGAUAAAAAGCAUGCUCUCUUUCAAGCCUCAGAAUCGCUUAACAGCAGCUCAGUCUCUGAAGCAUCCGUAUUUUUGCAAUGAAUCUUGAUCAUCACCAAGUAACAUAGAACAUUCUUUAUUUCAAUUGCAAAACUGGGUGGUAUUCGAGUAAUAGUAAAAUUAUUAAACUUGUAUUUCAAGCGGGCUUCGUUUUUUUUUCUUUUCUUUAAAGAGAAAAUUUAAAAUUCUAACAAUGAUUCACAAUGAAUUGCAACUCUGGCGAUCAACACUAUCAGAUUUACUUAAUAUUCUUUAUUUUUUUUUAGUGAAGGAAACAACGCAAAAGUAUAUCUAUUGUGUAGAUCGUUGUAUAUUGAAUCCUUGUAAAAUUAUAGAAUAAUUUUUAUACAUCUUAGAAUAAAAGUAUGCCAUCAUAAGUGUUUCUAUAAACGUCAUGCACGUUAUUUUAAGCAUUCUUAUCGAGUGAUCGAAUUAGUUUUACUAGUGUUGAUUUGAAAUGCAUAGAAUGUGAAACUGUAUUUCGUAAUCAAGGCUCAGAUUAAUUUAUUAACGAUCAAGGCGAUAGUAUUUUUUUAAAUAAAUGUGCAAAGACUCCAAGAGACUGAUAAUAACUCAUUUUCUACCAUUUUUAUAACCAAUAGAGUCAUUUCCGAAAUUUUAGAAACUGAAAUUUUAAUAUUCUCACGCCAUGAUUGCGUCACAAUGUAACGUCAGAGGUUUUACAUGCUCAUCUGCAAAACAUUAACAAUCGCAGAAAUUAAUACAAAAAUACAGGGAAAUCAUACUUAUCACUGUUAUUUUGUUCCUGGGUGCCAACACAACUUUGAAAUUAUUUAUAUGUGUCCCAGAAGGCUAACGAAGAAAAAAGUGGUUGGAAAUAGUGCAACGUAAUACUCUCUCAUUUCGGUUAUGUUUUGUUGUGAAGAUCACUUUAACGUCAGAAAUUUUUUAUUUAUUUGCAAAAUAGUUUCAAUAAUUAUUUUCCUAAUGCAAGUUAGCGGUUGAAUAUAAUAAUUACCGUUUUUGGGCAUUUUUUUGUAAACAGAGACUUUAGUUGACUAGCCUCAAACCAUACAAUAUUUAUUUUAAAACCUAUAUUUUAACAAUAAUUAACUUUUUUGAACAAUUAUUCAUUCGAAAAAUUAUAAUUUUGAAUAAUAAAAAGGAAAAAAGAGGGAUAAUAAGUUUAUUUUGACCCUUUGCAAGGAAGAUCUCCAAUUUAUCUGUCUACAGAACGGAUAAAUACCGGUCUCACAGAUCGGUAUUCCAUGCAGAGGGUUAAACAUUCUUUUGUGCGAAUAAUCUUUAGACUUUUUUGGCCUCAACAAUACUAAUGAAGCAAUAUCAAUCAUGUACCUGGAUAGAUAUACAUAAUUAGUUAAAAUAUCAUUUUAAAAUACGUCUUAAAAAAAUGAAAAUUCAAAUUUUGUGAUAGCCGGUCUGAACUUUGUAUACAUUUAGAGUGGUCCAAAAAUGCGUAAAAUUUUUUUUUCACUAUAGAAAGAAAGAUGCUCCCCAAAAAUUUACAUUUCCAGGGAAAAAAAAUCUGUAUUUUUUUUCCAUUAAAUUAACAUGGAAAAAUUUUGAAUUUUAGAAAAAUUGAACUCAUGUUCCAAGGUUUCAUCGAAACGUGACAACUUUUUUAAGGACUUAAGAGGAGAGUCUACGAAAUAGAACCAUACUAAUAACU